AAUAAUAGUUCCACUCGGUUUAGAUCUACUUCCAUUCACAUUCUUCUUUCUUCUUCUUCUUCACUGGAAACCCUAGCUCCGAUUCUGAAAUUUGAUCUCCAUUUUCAGUUUCAUUUAGGGUUUUGGAGGUUUCUGUGCUGUGGAAGUCGAUUUUUCGAAGAAUGUGAUGUAGGUUUUUGAAGUCUGAUGGUGACUUGGGACGGGAGAAUUCGAAGGAUGAGGAUUCCGAAGAGGGUCUGGUUAAUUAUGCAAAAAUCUAUGGGGCUCCUCGUGGGUGGAAAUCACACAUCCUCCAGGUUUUGUACUCGCUAAUGUUGUUUUGGUUUCUCAAUUUGGAUUUGUUUCUUCUGUGGUGUUGUUUUGAGGAAUUAUAAAUUGUUCCUGUUUUGUGUUCGUCUUUGACGACGGUAAACGAACGAAAUCUGAGCGGGUUGUGAGUGGCGAUUGGAGAAAUGAGUUUGAAAGGUGUGAAAUGGCAGAUCGUUCAUGGGGCAUUGGCGAGGCGUGCUAUUGUUCGAACUUUUCUUUUCGCCUUGGCUGUUUCGGCUGUUCCUUUGUUGCAUAUUUUGACCGGUGCUAAUUUUGGGGUGAUUCCAUCUGUGAUCUUUCGCGAUUGUGCUGUGAAGUGUGAUUAUGUGAAUUCGAAUGCGAAAGAUUCUCGAGGAUCGUACUUGUUUCAGGGUCACUUUCUGAAUCCGGUUUGGGUGCCAUUUGUAGGGAUGCACUGUGAGGAACAUAUGAAUUUAACGACCAAUGUCGUUAUUGAGUUAAUGGGGAAGAAACUGUUGAAUCACAGUGUGAAAUCUCUCUGCGUUGGAGAGGAAUCGAGCUCCGCCGUCUUGGCAUUGAGGGAUAUGGGAUUCAGUGACGUUAUGGGUGUUGGUCAACGUCCAUUUUUCUCGCUUAGGAGAAAGCAAUUUGUUUACAAAUUGGACUUUAAGGAUCGAUCCUUUGAUUUCGUUUUCUCUAGAGAUCUAGACAGGCAUUCAGCCCCUGCACUUUUGGUGCUCGAGAUCGAGCGUGUGCUUAGACCUGGUGGAAUUGGGGCUGUUAUUGUGGGUGCUACUGGUUCAUUGCCCAAUAAUUUGAUAAGAGCUGCAACCCCAGUGUCAUCUUUGCUGAAAACUUCCAGUGUGAUGCAUGUUAUUCAUGUUAAUAACUUAAUUCUGGUUGUAUUCAAGAAGAAACUCGAAGAAUUUGGGCAUUUGGAGCCUCGCUUUUCGUCUGAAUGUCGGUCUCUCACAAGGAACAAACCUUUAAUUCCUAAAAUGGAGCCUCUCGUGAAGGUAAAACCAGUGGGAUUUGACAAAAAGGUGUCUUAUUUGCCAAAGCUUGUAGAUGCUUCUAAUUGGGAAAAGUUCGUAUAUGUCAAUAUUGGUACAGGGAAGCGCCUGAAUUACACCAACACAGAUUGGUUUCCACCUUCUUAUCCCAUCGAUCGCAGAGAUUUUAACGUGUAUUUUGUCGAUCAUGACAUGUCUGCUCUCGCCGCCCAUAUCCACAAGCCUGGAAUCACAUUUGUUUAUCAUCCUGGCCUAGCUGGAACUGAUCAAACUACCGAUAGCGACGAUGAAGAACCACCAUACGUCGAUAGCAAUGAUUUUGAUUUUCUCUCUUGGUUCAAGGAAACCGUGCGGCAUUCAGAUUUUGUUGUAUUGAAAAUGGAUGCAGGGAAGGAAGAACUGAAGUUUCUAUCGGAUUUGUUUGAAAGUGGAGUCAUUUGCAGGGUGGAUGAACUGUUUCUGAGCUGCAGAGAUGGGGUUGAUGAAGACGGUGAGCUGAAGAGAGACUGUAUGGAUCUGUUCAAGGAUUUGAGGAACAGUGGUGUCUAUGUUCAUCAAUGGUUUGUAGAUGCUCCUUCCUCCAUGAAACUCUGAAAUCAUAUCUUGUCUGGUUGGCUUGUAGAUGCUCCUUCCUCCAUGAAACUCUGAAAUCAUAUCUUGUCUGGUUGGCUUGAUGGGUAAGAAAAUUUAUGAGUUGCUGUGUGGUUGAGCACUCUAUUAGCACUAAAUAAGUAACCACUUUGUCUGUUUCUCCUGUUUUAUUUAUUAAGUACUGAACUUAUGAACUGCAUCUGCAUGGUUUUUUGGUUAGAAUAAAGGACGCCUUUGUGUUUGCUUUAUGAUUGUUUGCUUUAUAAAGUAUGAUUAUGAUG